GACCCACACAAUGACAUCUACUCAAAACUUGACCCACACGGAAUUAAGCCAACAUCACCGGCGGCGAUUAUCAUCUUUUGUGCGAUCGACAUCUUCUAACAAUAUCAAUCAAGGUUGUUUAUUGAGGAAUCAUGGGCAAAGAAAAACGUCAACAAACGAAAAAUGACGUGCUAUACGGUAUCUUUGCUGAUACCGACAGCGGCUCAGAAGGUGGGCCCCACAAGAACAAACGGAGGAAAGAUUUGUCCAAAAAACAAGAGCUAACCAAGCCACUAUAUUUUGUAUCUAAAGGCGUUGUGAUGCCAAAUCAUGACAUUGAUCAAAGUUCUAAAGAUAAGAAUGAAAAUGAUAAUCAAGAUGAUGAUGGUAGCAUGCCUGGUGUAGGCUUUAGUGGGUCGAGUUUGGCCCGUUCUGGUUUUGGGUCAAAGAACAUGAACGGUGAUGAUGAAGAAGAGGUCAACGACACCAGUGUUGACUUUAUUCCUACUGCAUUUGGUAAACAGUUCAAGCAACGUGUACUUCAAAGGCGUGAAGUAAACAAGAGGUCAUCUCAAGUAAGAUCAGGGAGUAGAGAAACAAAAGAUGAGGGAAGUGUAGGCACUUUUGAAAAACACACAAAAGGGAUCGGGUCGAAACUACUUGAAAAAAUGGGUUAUAAAGGAGGAGGGCUCGGGAAAAAUGCACAAGGUAUUGUAGCUCCAAUAGAAGCUAAAUUACGUCCCAAAAAUCUGGGAGUGGGGUACGAAGAAACAGUCGAUAUGCCCGUAUUACAACAACCCUUAGGUCCGAAUAAGAGGUCACCUCAAUCUAUUUCUGAAAGUCAACCGAACGAGAAGAUGUGGUCAAAGCAAGGUCGGUCAAAAAAGAAGAAAAAAGACUACGUAACCGCAGAGGAGUUGCUGGUGAAGAAACAAGAACCGGGAUUAGAUGUGGUUCAGAAAGUGUUCGAUAUGCGGGGCCCACAAGUUCGAGUGUUGACAAAUUUGGAGAAUUUGAAUGUCGAUGAUGUCCCAAUGCCCGAGCUUCAAUAUAAUGUGAGAUUAGUUCUUGAUCUUGCUGAGCUGGAUAUUCAAAAACUCGAUCAGCUUCUGAGAAAUGAAAGGGAAACUGUUGUCACUUUGCCGAAAGAAAAAGAAAAGUUGAAGAACGAUGCUAACCAACUGAAAAAACAGCUCGAUAGUAUGGAAGAGAUUGUUACCGUGGUGGAACAGUUAGAUCACGAUAGUCAAACUGGUACGUUGACUUUAGACUCGCUUGCUAAAUCGUUCAGGAAUUUAAAGACUCGGUUUCCCGAUGAGUACACGUUCGGUAGUUUAUCUACAAUCGCAUGCUUUUUCGCUUUGCCAUUGUUGUUUACAAAAUUUCACGGGUGGGACCCACUAAAGAACCCCGAAAACCACUUAAACGUUGUUUCCGUUUGGAAAGAUUUGUUACAAGGAGACGAGAUUUUCGAUUCACCGUACACUCAGCUCUUUACGGAAGUUGUUUUUCCGGCUAUAAGAAUAUCGAUCACAAACACGUGGCAAGCUCGGGACCCGGAACCGUUGCUGAAGUUUCUCGAUGCUUGGGAAAAACUAAUACCAUAUCAGGCUCUUCAAACCGUACUCGAUAAUAUUGUGAUGCCAAAACUAUCGGCUGCGGUUAACUCGUGGGACCCGACUAAACAUAUCGCUAUACAUAGAUGGGUUCAUCCAUGGAUACCGUUGUUAGGGCAAAAGCUCGAUACGUUAUAUCCUACUAUAAGAAACCAGUUAGAAAGUUCUCUUCACGUUUGGCACCCGAGCGAUGUGUCAGCAUACGCGAUUUUAUCACCUUGGAAGCCGGUUUUCGAUCCGGGAAGUUGGGAACAGAUAAUGGUUCGGUUUAUAGUUCCUAAAUUGUUGGUUGUUAUGCAUGAAUUUAAAGUCAAGCCGGUUGACCAGAAGGUUGACCAAUUUGAUUGGGUUAAGAUUUGGGCUGGUGUUAUUCCUGUUCAUCAUAUGCUUCGUAUAAUGGAUGUGUUUUUUAACAAAUGGCAAGAAGUUUUAUACCAGUGGUUGUGUUCAAAACCAGAUUUUCAACAAGUGAAUACUUGGUUUGUGGGUUGGAGGGAUCGUAUACCGGCUGAGCUGUCGUCCAAUGAACAUAUACAGGCCCGGUUAUACGUGGGUCUAGAGAUGAUGAACCAGGCGGCUGAAGGGUUGGAUGUGGUUCAACCGGGUGUGAGAGAAAAGGUUAGCUACUUGAAGCCGGCGGCGACAAUGGUCCAGCAAGUUGACGAUGUGGGCGGCGGUGUGGAUUUGAGUUUGAAAGAAGUUGUGGAGUUUUAUGCACAGCGGAAUGAUUUGUUGUUUAAACCGAAAACUGGGAGAAUGCGGGACGGACAUCAAGUAUACGGGUUUGGGAAUAUUAGUAUAAUUAUAGAUUCUGUUAAUCAGAAAGUGUUUGCUAAAGUUGAAGAUGGAUGGUCUCUUGUAUCCCUUGAACAGUUAGUGGAGCUGGAGAAGAAUUCUGUCAUGAAAAGACACUGAAUUAUGAAGAUUUGAGGUGAUUUUGUAGUAUGUUUUGGUUAUUUGAUACCAUUUUGACCCCCUAACUUAAUAUAGUUUGAUUACACAAUGACUGUGACUACGCUCAUGUCUAUACGUUGUGCAUAAUAUUAUUAUACUUUCCUGUUUUAACUAUGUUAUUCUUUCACAUACGUUGUGCAUAACGUUAUACUUUCUUGUUUUUACUGUUUUAUUCUUUCAUAUAUGUUGUGUAUGAUGUUGUACUUUCCUGUUUUUAUCAUGUUAUUCUUCCCUUUUGUUA